AUGGAUAAUGAGUUUCCUGAAACAACAGAUGAACAUGAUGAUAAUUCUCUCAAUACAUCAGUAGUGGAUACUAACGUGCUUGACGGGGAAAGUGAACAAACAGAAGCACCUGGGGAGUCCACUAAUGCAAAUGAUAAGAGUUUUUGUUCGAAUGCGGAUGAUGAAAGGAAUGCUGCAAUUGCGGCCGCAGUUGCCGACUUUGAUGCAAACGAUCAGUGUGAGGAAGAUGAUGCCGAUGAUGAUACAGUCAAUGUUAUAAUAAAGCCUUCUAGCAAGACAGGGAUUUACAAGACUGGGACAACCUAUCAGGCACGAUCCAUCGUACACACUACUCAGCAUCAAAAAGUUGCUCGUCAAGGCGUUGAACUCGAUGAUCCAGGAAAUAUUAAUGGUAUUCCAACGGUAGAGUAUAACCUGUCUAUAUUGGGUGAUGAAGAGAAACCAUGGAAACGACCUGGAGCUGACAUAACAGACUAUUUCAAUUAUGGAUUUACUGAAGAGACAUGGGUUCAGUACUGUGAAAAGCAAAAAAUUCUUAGACAGGAAUAUGCAAAUACAACUCUGAAGCCUGUUUUGAAUAGUGGAGGUACUGGUUUAUUACAACGAGUUCGUACCGGUGCUGUUUCUUCGAAUUCUCGUUCAAAUGAGACUUCUAAACAAGCUAGUAUUAAUGUAAUUAAUCUUAGCACUUCUGGACUAAAUACACGACAAAUAAAUUCAGUUACUAAUUCAAAAGCUACCAGUUCACCAUCUGAUGUUUCUAGUCGACUCCUACUAAAUGGAAAUGCGAAUAAUAAUUCUAGCUUACUCAGUCAAUUCAAUCAACCGCCACCUGGAUAUCUGGGUGGUGGUGAUGGAAACGCCGUCGGUGGUGGUACAGGUGUUUUUAACAUGCCUCCUCCUGGGUUUGGAUCAUUGACAUCUGCUGCAAAUUCACAGGUUUUGAAUGCCACGAAUCCCGCUGCUGUUGCGGCGGCAGCCGCAGCGGCUGCUGCUUUAUUUCCUAAUCUGGCAGUGCCUCCUCCUGUUGUGAAUAAUUUAGCUGGGUGGCCAAAUAAUAAUAUGGCAUUAUCAGGCCUUAUUGGACCGAAUGAUGCUGUUAUUGAUCCUGCUACUGGUCAGUUUACUAACAUCGUUGAUCAUGGAGACCGAAGUCCAGGUUCAGUGUUUUCAAACGAAGAUACUGCAUCUCGAAGAGGUCGACGUCAUCACCAUGGAGAUGAAACGAGCUAUUUUGAAAGAUAUAUCCCAGAUGGUUAUCGAUCACGCCGUCGUAGUCGUUCAAGCAGUCGGGAGCAUUAUCAUUCACAUCAUCGUCGGCAUCGUGAUUCAUCACGAUCUGGACGAGACUAUGAACGUCAUAGAGGGACAUCACGUCAUUCUCGUCGUUCACGUGAUCGUCAUUCUGGAGAUGUUGGUGGUGCAGAUGAACAAAAUCCUCCAGAAGCUGUCUCACCAACUACAUCACAUCGAAGUAGUGGACGAAGAAGUGAACGUGAUCGAGACAGAUCUGGUCGUGAUCGUAGUCGUGAAAGAGAUCGUAGCAGGCAUCGUAGUGAACGUCGUGAUAGAGAGAGAUCAGAACGGCCUUCUAAACAAAGUGAUCGUCAUUCAUCGCGUCGCAAAGAACAACCACCACCUUCUCCACCAAGAGGUAUGUCUCAAGUCACUGCUAUUACUUCAGAGAAACAACCAACUCCUAGUAAAGUUGAUCCUUUAUCAGCUGCUGCAGCGGCCGCUGCUAGCAUUGCCGCUGCCUUAGGAGCUCCAAUGCCUAGUAGUAGGAUUUCUUAAUAUAGAGAAGGUAACAGACUUCCUCCCUUUGAACAAUCUGCAGUGCACGUUGUACAGUCUCUGUAUUUUUACAUGAAUACAUGAAUAUUUUUCAUGCAUUACUUUUGACAGUUUGCAUCCACUUUUUUUUUCUUUCGUCGUUUACUAUUCAAGCUAAGCAGUUUUACUUUCGCAUUCAUCAUUCACCAACUCUUCUUGUCGUUUGUGUUUUAUUGUACACCUAGUCUCUUGAACCGUUCUGUACAUGGUUGGCUUCUGUAUUUUCAAUGAGAUUUCCUUUGUAUGUAUCAUAUAUUGUUUAAUUUUCAAAAAAAUAUAUCACAUGGAUUUAAAAUCA